UCCCAGGCAGCGCGAUGAAUGAGGCAAGAGGGCCGGAAGAGCCAUAGAAGUAAAAGCUGGAGGUUUCCAGCGCCCGGUACUCACCUCUGAAAAGGCAAGAGAAGGACGGGAUGGGGGCAGAGGGAUCAGCCGGUACAUGGACGGGGCCUGCGGUGGCCGGCCUGGCUCUACUUCCGUCUCUUUGCAGGGCUCCUCGUUGUGGCCGGGAGGAAGGCAGCGCCUGGGUUGCUGGGAUUGGAAGGAGGAGCUGCCGGUUUGCAGGAAUCGGCUCAAAGUCCCGAGGUUGAGUGGAGCCUCAAAGGGGCAGCUAAGGCUUGGGAGGCAGACAGGACGGGAUACACAGUGGCCCCUGUCCAAAAAGUGGGCGGGUAGCUGGCAGGUAGGGUUUAGGCAGAAAUCCAGGCUGGGCUCAGAUCAGAGGACAGCCUGAAACCUCUAAGGGCUGGGACACAGCCAGGGGCGGCCACCUGCGGAACAGUGCCUGGCUAGUGCCCUCAAAUCGAGAUGGGCUGUCGAGAUCACGGGCCAAUUCCGUAGUGAUGAAAACCCCCAUAGAGCACGUCACCCUCCACUGCAGCAGCCUAGGAGGACGAGUGUCCGCGGAGUAGGGUUCCAGAUUGACGGGAGGGGUGGGGUCGCCGAGGCUUCGGGCUGGAGCGUGUUCCUCCAAGGCUGAGAGAGCCGGUGCAAUGGGGACGUGUCCCGGAGAGUCUGCCGGUGAGAGCUGCUGAGCCUGCUGGCUGGCCGGCCAAAAACUCCCCGGGACAGAUUCAGCUGGAGACGGCGGUCAGAUCGUGAGAUUGUCAGUCAAAAGCAAUCGGCGUUUGCCAGACAGUGGCAAAAAGAGUCAGUCUUGCUGUUGACCAGGGGCAAACAAGCAGCCUUCAGUUAGGGACAUUUGAGUGGACACAGGCAGACAGUCUGUGUCCUGGAAGUGGGCAGUCAGCCGGGCUUUCGGCCAGGGCAGGCGGGUGGUCAGCCUGGCCAAGUGCAGGACAGCUGAAGGUCCCCAGGGGCAUUGUGUGACCAGCAGGCUGGAGGUUGUGUGACUGAGCAGAGAUGACCUUCUAAUGGGUCACACAGUUGGAGAUGGUGUCAGGGGGUCAGCCUGACCAGCAGGGACAGCUGGCAGGAAGGUGAGGGACGCCAGCCAGGCAUGGUGGUAGCUGGCGGCCGGCAGGUAGUUGGUUUGAGCAGCCUGGGGUAUCCAGCGAUCAGUCCUUUGGGCAGUCUGACUGUCAGGACAGUGAGUCAGGGACAGCCACAGGGAGCCAUUUGGACUUCUAUGGGGCCACCCUGGAGGCCUCUGAUGGCCACAUAGAAUCUGCCUGUCAGGAGACCCCCAGAUGGUCAGUCCCCCAAAGACAGCCAGACCCUCAGGGACCCAGCCUGUGAUAGUCCUCCUACCCGAGUGGCCCCAAUGGCAGCCUCCCAGCUAGCAGCGCUGGAAGGAGAGGAGUCCGGGGCUGGGGUGCUGCCCCUGACCGAGGCCAGCCCCGGCUUCCUGUACUCCGAGGGCCAGCGGCUGGCCCUGGAGGCUCUGCUGAGCCAGGGCGCAGAGGCGUUCCAGGCCUGCGUGCAGCGUGAGGGGCUGUGGCCCUUCCUGAGCGGGAAUGAAGUCCAGGGCUUGGCAGCAGCAGCUGAAGAUUGGCCAGUAGCCAAGCCGGAGCCCAGCGGGGCAGCAGAGGGAGCCACUGCCACCGAGGAGGACGUGGGCAGCCUGACCUACUGGCCCGGGCAGUCGGAGCAGCCAGCGCCUGUCCUGCGGCUGGGCUGGCCGGUGGACUCGGCCUGGAAGGGUAUCACCCGGGCACAGCUGUAUACCCAGCCCCCUGCAGAGGGCCACCCGCCCCUCAAGGAGCUGGUGCGCCAGGAGAUCCAGGCUGCCCACAAGCUGGUGGCCGUGGUCAUGGAUGUCUUCACUGACCCAGACCUGCUUUCGGACUUGGUGGCGGCCGCCACGCGCCGCUGGGUACCUGUCUACCUGCUCCUGGACCGCCAGCAGCUGCCCGCCUUCCUGGCACUGGCCCAGCAGCUGGGGCUGAACCCCUGGGCUACAGAGAACCUGGACAUCCGCGUUGUGCGGGGCUGCAGUUUCCAGAGUCGCUGGCGACGGCAGGUGAGCGGUAACGUGCGGGAGAAGUUUGUGCUGCUUGACGGUGACAGGGUCAUCUCAGGAUCCUACAGCUUCACAUGGAGCGACGCACGCCUGCACCGAGGCCUGGUGACCCUGCUGACCGGGGAAAUCGUCGAUGCCUUCAGCCUUGAGUUCCGGACACUGUACGCGGCCUCCUGGCCUCUCCUACCCGCACCCCCUCAGGGCCCCUUGGUCAGCGUCAGGGGGGGCCUGCAGCUGGCCCGCAGCCCGCAUCGCGUGGCCCACCGACGCUCUGUGGCCCCCGCGUCACCUCCACCACCUGAUGGCCCCCUGGCCCAGCGCCUGGCUGCUUGUCACAUCUUCAAGGGAGACAGGAAGGAGUCCGCUGCCCCACCGGGGCCAGCACUCAGUGACAUCCUAAGGAGCAUACAGCGUGGCCGCACCCCCAGUGGCCCCCCGGCCAGGCCCAGCCGCUCCCUAUGGGACCUGAGCCGCCUGUCCCAGCUGUCGGGCUCCAGCGACGACGACAAGCUCCAGAAGUCCUGGGGCUCCAGGGACACCCCAGCCAAGGCCCUGAUGCGGCAGCGGGGCACUGGAGGGGGCCCCUGGGCCGAGGCCGACAGCCGUCCUCCUCCACUGGCCUGGUCCCAGCCCUGGGGUGGUCCCCUGCCCCUCAUCCCUCCGCGCCGCCUCCACUAUCUGUCCCCAGGCCCGAGGAGGUUGGGUGAAGAUGCUGCAUCCAAACUCCCAGAGCCCAGAGGCAUCCGGCAGCCAGACUGGGGCCCCCGCGCAGGACUUGGGGGACAGCCCUGACAGGAGCCCGGGCCACACUCGGCUGCCCACCGAGGAAAGCUGGAUGACAUGUCAGCUCAGAGCCCCGGGCCUCAGCUGGCCUCGCCGUUGGGCCUUGGUAUCUGGGAAAUGGAAGGGACUUUUUUCACUUGUUCUAGAACUUGGGCAAACCCAGUGCCCAACCUGGACCUCAGUGUCACAGUUCAGAAAAUGCCAAACAGGCAGGAAGUGAAGUCUCCACCAGCUGCGGAUCCUAAACAGCCCGCAUGCUGCUGGGGGGUCCGGACUUCUCUGGGGAGGGGCCUGGCCUGGCUGAGUGGCCCCCUUGCUGGAAUCGUUGGGGGCCAAGGUGGGGAAGCCCUGGAACAAAAGGGGACGCUCCCGGCACCCACCAUGCUCAGGAGCUGUGGGUAAACUGAGUCGAGGAUCUGAACAAUGAGGGGCUGGAAAGUUGUGGGGACACAGCUGCCAGGGGUGGGCCAUGGGGAGGGACUGGGUGGGCAGUGGAACUGU